AUGGGGUCAAUUGAGGUUCCAACCCUGAGAUGGGGUAUCGUUGGAUGCGGACUCAUCUCGUCCUGGUUUGUGCAAGAUCUCAUGGUCCCGCGGGCCUCCCCACCAACAAAACACCUGAUCCGCGCCAUUGGAUCGUCCAGCAUCGAUAAGGGCGCGAACUUCGCCUCGUCUCAUUGCCCAGGGGAAAAGCCAGCUGUCUACGCAUCUUACGCAGGGGUGUACAGCGAUCCCGAGGUAGAUGUUGUGUAUAUUGGGACGCCCCAUGUUUUCCAUUUACAGAAUGCAUUGGAUGCUAUUGCGGCUGGGAAACAUGUGUUGUGUGAGAAACCAAUGACGAUGAACGCGCGGGAUACGCAGGUCUUGGUUGAGGCUGCGAGAAAGAAAGGCGUAUAUCUCAUGGAAGGAGUCUGGACGCGCUUCAAUCCGCUUGUGGCUGCUCUGCAAAAGCUGCUCCAUGAAGACCAGGUCUUGGGAUCUCUAGGCCGUGUCUUCGUCGACUUCGCCUUGGACAUGCCCUUCUCGAGCCUCCCCGCCAAUGCACGUACAGCGGAUCCGGCGCUUGGUGCAGGCGUGCUGCUUGAUAUUGGAAUCUAUACCCUCACGUGGGCGACUUUGAUUCUAGACUCCCAUCCGCAGCACAUUGCAGCUGGAUCCCCGAGCCCGGAGAUGACUAGUAGCAUGACGAUCAAGAAUGGCGUGGACGAGACGAGUACCGUGAUUUUGAAUUACAAGGAUGUGGGAUGUCAGGCGAUCCUCACUAGCACGAAUCGGUUCCAGGGAGCGACGGAGUUCUGCCGUAUUGAGGGAGAGAAGGGAUCUAUUUCUAUCGGGGGGAGAGCGGCUAGUAACCCGGCGUUCUUGGUUGUGAGAUUGAAGGGCCAGGAUGAGAAGAGGAUAGACUUUCCGAAAGAAGGGGUGGCGAAGGGGUUUUAUUUUGAAGCAGACGCUAUAGCUGAGGAUUUGAGAAGUGGAAGGAAGGAGAGUCUGGUUAUACCUUUGAAAGAGUCGAUUAGGAUGAUGAGUGUUAUGGAUAGUAUUAGAAAGACAAAUGGUUUGAGGUAUCCGCAAGAUGACUGA